UUUUCAAAUAUUUCAAUAUAUAAACAUUAGAUGAUUCCUAGUUCUUCAGUCUUGGAACUCAGUUGAACCUCAGUCUUCCAGUCGCACAUUUUAACGUAACAAAUACAGACACUCUUGUUGUUUAACAUGUCUACCAGUGCUAAGAAAAAUGUUGUCAAGCUCUUUGACAGACCAAAAGAGCUGGUUAUUAUGCCCAAAGGAGAUGACAAAACUGUAUUUGACGUUCCUAAAGAAUAUAUCACAGAUCAAUACAAAAAUGUUGGAAAUCAGAUUGUGUCUCGAUUUGGAGAAGAAGCUGAAGGAGGUAAAAUUCCUGUCAACACUAUUUCCAUACCUCCAUUGGGUGAGAUUUUGGAGUUAAGAAGAGACGAGAAUUUCUCUCUUUUCUUGCCGAAACACAGAAAAAUUGCUGGACAACUUAUCAACAUUUACAUUGGUAUGCGCAACGUUGAUGAUCUUCUAUCAGUAGCUGUUUAUACCAGGGAUCGUGUUAAUCCUUACUUGUUCAACUACGCUCUUUCGGUUGCAUUGUUGCAUAGAGCUGACACCCAGGAUGUAGAUUUACCGUCAUUCAUUAGAUCGUUCCCCGACAAAUAUGUAGACAGUAAAGUAUUUGCCAAGGCUAGAGAAGAAGCCAACAUUGUGCCUACCAAUUCAAGGACACCAAUUGAAAUACCGAGAGAUUUUACUGCUUCUAACCUGGAACCAGAACAUCGUUUAGCUUACUUCAGAGAAGAUUUGGGAAUUAACCUCCACCAUUGGCAUUGGCACUUGGUUUAUCCAUUCGAAGCUGCUUUCGAUGUGGUCAAUAAGAACCGUCGUGGAGAACUUUUCUAUUACAUGCAUCAACAAAUUGUUGCUAGAUAUAACUACGAACGUCUCUGUCAUGGUUUAAAACGUGUCGAAAGAUUUAUUGACUGGAGAAAAUCAAUCCCUGAAGCCUAUUUCCCAAAACUAGACAGCUUGGUGUCCAGCAGAUCUUGGCCCUCUCGUGUAGCUAACCAGAAACUAUCCAACCUUAGAAGAGAAACUGAUCAGAUAGUUCAAGAUAUUGAUGAUCUUGAAAGGUGGAGGGACAGAAUCUUUAAUGCCAUACAAUCCGGAAAUGCAAGAAGGCCUGAUGGAACCAAUGUUGCGCUUACUGAAAACGAAGGUAUUGAUAUUUUGGGAAAUAUGAUUGAAUCCAGUAUCCUUUCUCCUAACAGAGAUUUCUACGGUGACAUGCACAAUAUGGGACACGUCUUUAUUUCUUAUAUUCAUGACCCAGAUCAUAGACAUCUUGAAUCAUUUGGUGUCAUGGGUGACUCAGCCACAGCUAUGCGAGAUCCUGUAUUCUACAGAUGGCAUUCUUAUAUUGAUGACAUCUUCCAGCAAUUCAAGUCUACAUUGCCAAGAUAUACUGAAGCCCAGCUAAGUAACCCUGGAGUUACUGUUGAGAGUGUCAGCAUAGAAUCAGGAGGUACACGUAACACCUUAAACACAUUCUGGCAACAAUCUGAUGUAGAUCUCUCAAGAGGUAUGGACUUCCAACCACGUGGUGCUGUCUUCGUCAGGUUCACUCACCUUAACCAUCAGGAAUACAAUUACCGUAUUGUUGUAAAUAACUCCGGAGCUGCCAAACAAGCAACUUGCAGAAUAUUUAUGGCUCCCAAAUUCGACGAAAGGGGAAAUCCAUGGUUGUUUAGGGAUCAAAAGAACAUGUUCAUUGAACUGGACAGAUUCAGAGUUAACUUAAAGCAAGGUCAGAACACGAUUAUGCGCGCUUCAACUGAUUCAUCUGUUACUAUUCCGUUUAACAGAACCUUCAGAGACUUGGACACCAGCAGACCAGAUGGCGGUAACAACUUGGCUCAGUUCAACUUCUGCGGUUGCGGAUGGCCACAACACAUGCUUAUUCCAAUGGGUAACACCGACAAUCCAGGAUUUAGAUCCGAGCUCUUCGUCAUGAUUUCAAAUAUCGAUGAUGAUAGGAUUGACCAAGACAUUACUGGAAUUUGCAACGAUGCCGACUCAUUCUGUGGUGUUAAGGAUCGUUUGUACCCUGACCGUCGUUCCAUGGGUUAUCCAUUUGACAGACAACCUAGACAAGGAGUUGACACUUUGCAGCAAUUCCUUACUCCCAAUAUGAGAGUUCAAGAUGUCGUUAUUAAAUUUUCCAACAGGACAUUCAGGCCAAGACAGAACAAUCCGGAUCAAUACAAACCUAUCGGAAAUCAAAUUGUAACUAGAUUUGGACAAGAAGCUGAAGGGGGCAAAAUUCCAGUUAACACCAUCUCCAUUCCACCUUUGGGCGAAAUUCUAGACAUAAAAAGAGAUGAAAACUUUUCUCUAUUCAUUCCAAAGCAUAGAAGAAUUGCUGGACAGCUGAUAAAUAUUUAUUUAGGUAUGCGAAAUGUUGAUGAUCUUCUCUCCGUUGCUGUCUAUACUAGAGAUCGCAUCAAUCCACAUCUUUUUAACUAUGCCCUCUCUGUCGCAAUAUUGCAUAGACCUGACACCCAAAAUGUGGAUUUACCAUCAUUCAUCAUCUCAUUUCCUGAUAAGUUUGUAGAUGGUAAGGUGUUUGCCAAAGCUCGAGAAGAAGCUACCAUUGUACCUGAUGGAUCAAGGACUCCAAUUGAAAUUCCGAGAGACUUUACUGCUUCAAAUUUAGAACCAGAGCAUCGUUUAGCCUAUUUUAGAGAAGACCUAGGUAUUAAUCUUCAUCACUGGCACUGGCAUUUGGUUUAUCCACAUGAAGCGGCUUUUCAAGUCGUAAACAAAAACAGAAGAGGAGAACUAUUCUAUUAUAUGCACCAACAGAUUGUAGCAAGGUAUAACUUUGAACGGUUAUGCAAUGGUCUUAAGCGUGUUGAACGGUUCCUGGAUUGGAGAAAAGACAUUGCUGAAGCCUACUUCCCCAAACUUGAUAGCUUAAUCGCUAGUAGAACUUGGCCUGCUCGUGUUUCUAAUGAAAAGCUGUCCGACCUUAAGAGAGAAGCGGAUCAAAUUGUCCAGGAUAUUGCUGAUCUUGAAAGAUGGAGGGAUAGAAUUUUUGAUGCUAUUCACAAUGGAAGAGUUAUGCGGCGUGAUGGUAGCUUUAUGAAUUUAACAGAAAACGAAGGUAUCGAUAUUUUGGGAAACAUAGUUGAAUCAAGUAUUCUCUCACCUCAUAGAGAAUUCUAUGGAGAUUUGCACAAUAUGGGCCACGUUUUUAUAGCUUUUAUUCACGAUCCUGAUAAUAGGCACCUUGAGUCUCAUGGCGUUAUGGGCGAUACCUCUACAGCUAUGCGUGAUCCUAUUUUCUAUAGAUGGCAUGGGUUUAUUGACAAUAUUUUUCAACAAUUCAAGUCUACGUUACCAAGAUACACUAUUGACCAGCUAAAUUAUUCUGGAGUAACUAUUGAAAGUAUUUCGAUAGAAUCAGAAACUGAAAAGAACAUCUUCAACACAUUUUGGCAACAGUCAGAUGUAGAUCUCUCCAGAGGAAUGGACUUUCAACCUCGGGGUCCUGUAUUUGUCAGAUUUACACAUCUUAAUCAUCAACCAUUUAGUUACCGGAUUGUAGUAGACAACAAUGGGGCUGUACGUCAAGGAACUUGUAGGAUUUUCAUGGCUCCUAAAUUUGAUGAAAGUGGGAGACCGUGGUUAUUUGUAGAUCAAAGAACUAUGUUUAUUGAACUCGAUAGAUUUAGAGUUGAUCUAAGGCAAGGACAAAAUACUAUUACUCGUGCUUCAACUGAAUCCAACCUAACCAUUCCAUUCGAAAGAACUUUUCGCGACUUAAAUGCUAACAGACCUCAAGGAGGCGACGAUUUAGUCCAGUUCAACUUCUGUGGAUGCGGAUGGCCACAACACAUGUUAAUUCCAAAGGGAGACACCGACGAUCCAGGAUUUAGAUGUGAACUUUUUGUCAUGAUCUCUGAUUACGAGGGUGACAAGAGCACAAUGGCGACUACCAAAAACCUUGUAAAAUUAUUUGACAGGCCCAAAGAGUUGUGUAUUAUGCCCAAAGGAGACGACAAAACUAUAUUUGAUGUGCCUGCGGAAUAUUUGCCUGACCAAUACAAAACUGUUGGCGUUCAACUUGUGUCAAAAUUUGGAGAAGAAGCCCUUGGAGGAAAAAUUCAAGUGAAACCUAUUUCGAUUCCUUAUCUGGGAGAUGUUUUGGACUUAAAGAGAGACGAAAACUUUUCUUUAUUUCUUCCUAGACACCGACAGAUCGCUGGACAGCUUAUCAAUAUUUACAUAGGUAUGCGUAAUACAGACGAUUUGUUAUCCAUUGCUGUAUACACUAGAGAUCGUGUCAACCCCUACCUCUUCAAUUAUGCUUUGUCUGUUGCUCUACUGCAUAGACCUGAUACCCAGAACGUAGAUCUUCCAUCUUUUAUUAAAUCUUUCCCUGAUAAAUAUGUCGAUGGUAAGGUUUUUGCAAGAGCCAGAGAAGAAACUAAUAUUGUGCCAACUGGCACGACUAGGAGUCCAAUUGAAAUACCAAUGGACUUUACUGCUUCCAAUCUCGAAAUGGAACAUCGAUUGGCUUAUUUCAGAGAAGACUUAGGCAUUAAUCUUCACCACUGGCAUUGGCAUUUGGUUUAUCCAUUUGAUGGUGCUUUUGAAGUUGUCAAUAAGAAUAGGAGAGGAGAGCUUUUCUACUAUAUGCACCAACAAAUUAUGGCAAGGUAUAACUUCGAACGUCUCUGUAAUUCACUCUCUCGUGUUGAACGAUUUAUUAACUGGAGAAAACCUAUCCCUGAAGCAUACUUUCCAAAACUGGAUAGUUUAGUGGCAAGCAGAGGUUGGCCUUCUCGAGUGGCUAAUCAGUCCUGGUCUAAUCUUCGACGAGAAACUGAUCAAGUAACUCAAGAUAUUGAUGACCUUGAAAGAUGGAGAGACCGUAUUUUUGAGGUCAUUCACAAUGGACGAGCGAGAAGGGCCGAUGGAACUUUUGUUCAACUUACCGAAAAUGAAGGAAUUGAUAUAUUGGGAAAUAUUAUUGAGUCUAGUAUUCUGUCUCCAGAUAGAGACUUUUAUGGAGAUUUGCAUAAUAUGGGACAUGUUUUUACAUCUUAUGUUCAUGACCCUGAUCAUAGGCAUCUUGAGUCUUUUGGUGUAAUGGGCGACACUGCUACAACCAUGCGUGAUCCCAUGUUCUAUAGAUGGCACGGGUAUAUUGACGAUGUAUUCCAGCAGUUCAAAUCCACACUACCAAGAUAUACUGUGCAACAGUUAAUAUAUGACGGAGUCACAGUUAAUAGUGCUACUGUCGAAUCAGCAGGCGAUCGCAAUAUUCUCAAUACUUUCUGGCAGCAAUCGGAUGUAGAUCUUUCUAGAGGAAUGGACUUCCAACCUAGUGGAGCCGUUUUUGUACGAUUUACACAUCUUAACCAUCAGCCAUUUAAUUACCGUAUCAACGUUACCAAUACAGGAGCUCCCAGACAAGGCACUUGUAGAAUAUUCCUGGCACCAAAAUUCGAUGAGAGGGGAAACCCAUGGUUACUUAGAGAUCAAAAGCAUAUGUUCAUUGAAAUGGAUAGAUUUAGAGUUAACUUACAACAGGGACAAAACACCAUUACUCGAGCUUCGACCGAGUCUACCGUUACUAUUCCAUUUGCAAGAACCUUCCGUAAUUUGGACACCAACAGACCUGAAGGAGGUGAUGGUCUCGAGCAGUUCAACUUCUGCGGUUGUGGUUGGCCCCAACAUAUGUUGGUACCAAUGGGUAAUAGCCUUGGAUUUAGAUGUGAACUAUUUGUAAUGAUUUCUAACUACGAUGAUGACAGGGUUGUUCAAGAUAUAUCUGGAGUUUGUAACGAUGCUGAUGUUUUUUGCGGUGUUAAGGAUAAACUGUAUCCAGAUCGUCGUUCAAUGGGAUAUCCAUUUGAUAGACAACCGAGAGUAGGGGUAGAUACUUUGCAACAAUUUCUUACGCCCAAUAUGAGGGUUCAAGAUAUAUCCAUCAGAUUCAAUAACAGGAGUGUACAACCAAGACCAAACAACAAAUGAGGUUAUAAAAUAAUUAAAAUCAUUUAUGCUUUCUUUAAUUGCAGUAUCUAAUAAAAAUUAACACAAUUUA